UCAGAUGUCUCUUUAAGCUCUUCAUAACCACUAACAGAAAAUCCUCACCUUUUAUAGCCAUUCAAAUUAUUCACCUUAUCAUUAAUUUUCCUUCCUUUCAUCCCCAAAAUCCUAUUUCUUGUCUCUGUUUGUUUCCUGUUUCCGAUUCUAAAAGAUUAUAGACAAUAUGGUGGCUUUGGUUUCCCAAGAAAAUGUUGUAGCUCUGCCUCUGGUUUCUCGCACUGGUAGACAUUUACAGCGCUAUACUAAAGCUGGUCGUCGUCAAGUAGUAGGCUGUAUACCUUAUAAAUACAAAAGUGGAAAGCAAGAAUUCUUGGACAUUGAAGAGGGAUUAGAAGUUCUUGUAAUCAGUUCCCAGAAAGGAAAAGGAAUGUUGUUUCCUAAGGGAGGUUGGGAAUUGGAUGAAACAAUAAUAGAGGCAGCUUCAAGAGAGACACUAGAGGAAGCUGGAGUGCGAGGCAUUGUUGAGUGUGCAUUAGGUGAAUGGAGUUUCAAGAGCAAAACACAUGACACCUAUUAUGAAGGCUACAUGUUCCCUCUACUUGUUCAGGAGGAAUUAGAUUUCUGGCCUGAGAAAAACUUUCGUCAAAGACAAUGGAUGAGUGUGGCAGAUGCAAAGGAAUGCUGUCAACAUUGGUGGAUGAAGGAAGCUCUAGAUAGAUUAAUUAAUCGACUCAGAUGUCAGCAACAACUUGAAAAGGAAGAAGCAGUGUCUUGUACUUUAAGCUUUUAGAGCAAAUCCAACCAGUAAAUAGGCAAAAUUGCUGAACAACCCAGCCGCAGGGUGUUUUUAGAAUUUAGACAAUGGCGAAGUGCAAAGGCCAGUGGGAAUUGAAAUGAUCAAGAAAGAAUUUCUUAGGUUUUUAUUAUAAAUCUUGUUAGGUAUAUUUUGGAGGGAAUGCCCGGAAAAAGAAAAGGAAAAGAAAAAAAGCUGGAUCAAGAUAAUGUUGGUAUCACAUGGUUUCUAAAUGCAAAGAAUUUUGUAAAGACGAAAAAAAAAAAGGUUAUGAUAAUUUUGUUAAGUGGGUUAACAAUCAUGGACUUCAACCUUCAGGCCUUCCAAAAUAGACAGAGUAACUUGAGGAGCAUUGGCAGCAAUAAUCAACAUGGAAGCUUCCCAUGUCUCAUUAAACAAAUUCUUACAAGUAUUUAUAAAUAUGAAGUCUGAGGGAGGAAGACAUAUACGUGGAAAGAUAAAAGCUAAAACAGAACUGAAAGCUGCACAGGAUUUAGGACAAGUUUUUUAGUUUUUAUUCUUGAUCAGCAAUUAUGAGACUUGAUUUUUUGUCCUGUUUAAUCAGUUCUUUAUGAAGCAUUUGUUCUGCACAGUCGCCUGUCCCAUUUUAUCUGGAGUGAACAUUGAACUAGUGUUUUGAAGCCCAGAUGUACUUGUUAAAAAUCAGUUUGGUUAGAUCAAUUAAAUCAAGAAAUGGAUUAAUGAUUGAUUCAGUUCAA